GUACUCUUAAAAUUUUGAGAUUGCCAAAUAUGAGCGUUUUUGUUGACACAGAAAUUAUGGUAACGUAAGCAAACAUAACAAAUAUAGCAUUGUUUGCUCUACAGGUAACUGUGUUGGCUCAAUGAAACAAAAGAUGACAUAGCUAAUCGAAUAGAUCUGAGGAAAUGGAAAGGAUAAACCGUUUCAUGAAAUGCGCAAGCCUGCGACUGAAAACUAUAACUGCAGAGGACGAAUGGGUUUAUGAUGAAGAACCACAUAGUAAACGUAGAAAAGACAUCCUGAAAGCACAUCCAGAGAUUAAAGAACUCAUGGGUUAUGAUUCAAACAUUGCUUAUAUUGUGGCUGCUGAGGUUAUCAUUCAGUUAUUUGUUAGUUAUCUAUUAAGAGACGCGUCAUGGACCACCAUUUUUGUUUUAGCAUAUAUGUUAGGAGGUGUACUGAAUCACUCUCUCGGAAGUGCUAUCCAUGAAAUAGGACAUAAUUUAGCAUACGGACACGCCCAUCCGGUAAAAAACCGUUUACUGAGUUUGCUGUGUAACGUCCCCAUCAUAGCACCAAUGGCUAUAAGCUACCGGAAGUACCACGCGGACCAUCACCGUUACCUUGGAGAGGAGAACCAGGAUGUUGACAUUCCUACCCGUUUAGAAUCGUACCUAUUCCGACAUCCAAUCACAAAAAUAAUUUGGCUCAUAUUUCACCCGGCUAUCCACGCUUUAAGGCCAUUUUACAAGAGUCCUAAACCAAUAACGGGAUGGGAAAUGAUCAACAAUGCGGUGCAGCUAGGCGUGAAUGUGGUAAUAUUGAAAGUGCUAGGAGUCAAAUCGCUCGUUUAUCUUCUCUCAGGCACCUUUAUGGGACUGGGGCUUCACCCACUAGCAGGACACUUCAUUUCUGAACAUUACGAGUUUACAAACGAAGGACAAGCCACGACGAGUUAUUACGGUCCUCUGAACUUUAUUCUAUUCAAUGUAGGAUAUCACAUUGAACAUCAUGACUUCCCAUACAUACCUUAUAACAAACUACCGGAAGUUAGAAAAAUCGCUCCAGAAUUUUACCAACAACCCUACCAUACCUCGUGGAUUAAGGUUCUUUGGGAUUUUAUUUUUGACAAAAAUCACGGACCACAAGCUCGCACAGUAGGAUAUCAUGUAAGGUCAAAAUCAAACUCUGAAGAAAAGUAUGAAAAUGGGCACGUAGCAAAUGGACAUGUAAAAGAGGAAUAGAUAGGGGUUGUUUUGGCGCUGAUUUUUUUUUUCAAAUAGUAUUUUUUUUUUUAAAGCUUAUGUAUUAGUGUUCCAAAAAUCUGGUGUCUUCACACGUUUUCCCUUGCGCUGAAGUAUUUGUUCAAAGAGCAUUUUUAAAAGCUGUGUUUUAAUAUGUAUGUAUUAGUGUUACAAAAUCUGGCGUCUUCACACGUUAUCCCUUCCAGCAUUUUAUCAUUCGGAUACGCAAGAUACUGUUGUUGAGUAUUUAUUUAGUAUAAGAGAGUAUGUGUGUUCGAAGUCUUACUUCACCUAAUGCAUUCCUAUAGAUGAUUUCUGUUAAAGAUUGAUAUUGAAUUCAGAUACGUUCCUAUGGCACAGAGGUGACAUACCGGUAGGUGUUUUUAUACCAAUACGUGCGCACGUAUUACUUUAUACGUGCGGAGAUGUUUUUAUACUAGUACGUGCGCACGUACUGAUACGUGCGCUGAUGAUUUUUGUACAUGUAUAUGCGCACGUAUUAGAUAUUACGUGCACACGUAUUAAUAAAAAAAAAAAACCCAUCUAUGUCACCUCUGUGCCACCGGUUCCUUAUUGAGUAUUUAUUUAGAGUAUGUACCUGUGUUGUAAGUAAUGCAUUUCUAUAUUAUAGGUGUCUUUUGUUAAGUUUUUCUGUUGUGCGUAUUGAAAUCAUUUGGGUUUUUUGUCUAUACUGUAAUAACACAUUUGACAUUGAGUUCAGAUUUUUAGACAUUUAAUGUCUAAGAGCAUAAUAUUAUGGAAAACAACUUCUAGAAAAAAUACAAGAUGCUCCUUCAGUUUGUUAACAUCUGAAUAAUUUAACUUUUUUUUUGUUCUGGCGGAGUUUUGUAAAAACAAUUCUGCAAGUGUGUCUCUGUAAAAGACAGAUCAAUUUUUCGUAUGAAAGAAUGUUUCCCCACUUUUCGCGAAGCUGCUUAUGCAAAAAAAAUAAAGAUUUGUCACCUAUCCGGAACAAAUCACAGUUUAACUGACUCGGACAACUUAACGACCGCUAAAUAUUUUCUUUAAUUUAUUUACCCGGCGUCCUUGGCAAUAUAGGUCUAUUUGUAUACAUGAAAUAGAAGAAGAAAAAAUAAUUAUGAGGAAUGCUCCCACUGUAUGUAUAGUUAUUAAUACCAUUCAAAAGUGUGGACAUAUAGUAACACUGAAUAAUCGUUAUACAAAUAGAAAAUCGAUUUUUGUACUUAAAUGUACCAGUAUUCAUGGUUGAAGGCCAUAACUUAAUAAAAAUGAGAUAUUCUAAUUUAUGAGCAAAAGUUUUGAAUUAAGCUGGAAUAAAUGAUAUAGUAAUUGAAUGAUUUGCAGAUAUGGUAUUUAUGAACAUGCAUUGAAAUGUUGGACUUUAACACAAAGUAUAAAUAAAAACAUCUUGCGACAUUAUGCACUGCAUACUACAUUAGUUAUUAUUUCAUCGAUUUAACAUUUUUGAUAAUAUUACUGUCCGAUUACAGUUUUUUGCUCGCUUCUUAUAAUGCUUGGCCAAGCCAUUGCUAGUAAGACAAUGUAUUCCCCUUGUCAACAAAUAAACGCCAUUAGUAUUAUUAGUAUAUUAUCUGAAUCGUAAGUCAUUGACCUCCAGAUCGUACGACAACAAGAAAGGAGAAAAAAUUUCUGUUAUCAGGAAAUUAUUUCCAUAUUUCUUAAGAAGGCUUUGAAACUCAGUUACUGACAGAUCACAUGUUAUGGAAACAAAUAAGAAUAAGUUUUUUUACCAAUUAUUCCAUUCAAAAUUGGAAAGCGGUUGUAACGGGGUGUCGGAGGUAAACUGCCUGAAAUAUAGUUAAGAACCCAGGAAAAAAAUAUUGCCGAUGCCGUCCGGGUUCGAUUCCCGACUCGGGCAUGUUUUUUUUUUUUUUAAAGACAGCUCUUGUUCUCUGUUCAUAGUAUGAUCAAACUUCAAUUUUGAAGAAAGAUCAUUUUAGCCAAACUCUGGAGGUCAGUGCCGUUAAGAUAUAACUAUACGCGAGCCAAUAAGCUUAACAAUUCUGCAGUAUGCAUAUAAAUUGCAGUAUUUAAAUUAAAAUGACUUCAUAAGCUCUAAUGACUGUGUAUUUAUGUAUUAAUUUAUUACACAUACUAGUGUACAAAUAAAGUUUCAAAUUGG